CGCCAUGGACCAGGCCGUGGGGGACCUAAAGCAGGCGUUGCCCUGUGUGGCUGAGACGCCGAUAGUCCAUGUGGAAGUGCACCAGCGGAGCGGCAGCACAGCAAAAAAAGAAGAUAUAAAGCUGAGUGUUAGAAAGCUCCUUAACAGGCAUAAUAUUGUAUUUGGAGAUUACACGUGGACCGAAUUUGAUGAACCUUUUCUGACCAGGAAUGUGCAGUCUGUGUCUAUUGUUGACACGGAAUUAAAGAUCAAAGACCCACAGCCCAUCGAUUUGAGCGCAUGCACUAUUGCACUUCACAUCUUCCACCUAAGUGAAGACGGCCCCAUCAGUGAAAAUUUGGAAGAAGAGACAGAAAAUAUAAUUGCAGCAAAUCAUUGGGUUCUCCCUGCAGCUGAAUUCCAUGGGCUGUGGGACAGCCUGGUGUAUGAUGUGGAAAUCAAAUCUCAUCUCCUCGAUUAUGUGAUGACAGCAUUACUGUUUUCAGACAGGAACGUCGACAGCAAUCUCAUCACUUGGAACCGGGUGGUGCUGCUUCAUGGUCCUCCGGGAACUGGAAAAACAUCCCUGUGCAGAGCUCUGGCCCAGAAAUUGACCAUUCGACUUUCAAGCAGGUACCGGUAUGGACAAUUAAUUGAAAUAAACAGCCACAGUCUCUUUUCUAAGUGGUUUUCAGAAAGUGGCAAGCUAGUAACUAAGAUGUUCCAGAAGAUCCAGGAUCUAAUUGAUGACAAAGACGCUCUGGUGUUCGUGCUGAUUGACGAGGUGGAGAGCCUCACAGCUGCCCGUAAUGCCUGCAGGGCAGGCACUGAGCCUUCAGAUGCCAUCCGUGUGGUCAAUGCUGUCUUGACCCAAAUCGAUCAGAUUAAGAGGCACUCCAAUGUGGUGAUUCUGACCACCUCCAACAUCACGGAGAGGAUCGACGUGGCCUUCGUGGACAGGGCAGACAUCAGGCAGUAUAUUGGGCCACCCUCUGCUGCAGCCAUCUUCAAAAUCUACCUGUCCUGUUUGGAAGAGCUGAUGAAGUGUCAGAUCAUAUACCCUCGCCAGCAGCUGCUGACCCUCCGCGAGCUGGAGAUGAUUGGCUUCAUUGAAAACAACGUGUCAAAGUUGAGCCUCCUGUUAAGUGAAAUUUCAAGGAAGAGCGAGGGCCUUAGCGGCCGCAUCCUAAGGAAACUCCCUUUUCUGGCUCAUGCACUGUACAUUCAGGCCCCCACCGUCACCAUCGAGGGCUUCCUCCAGGCCCUGUCCCUGGCAGUGGACAAGCAAUUUGAAGAGAGAAAAAAUCUUUCCUCUUGUGUUUGA